UUUAAAGAAAUUAUAUAUUUUUUAAAUUUUUUUUAAACAACUAUACAAAAUUACAAACACAGCUGUAUACUUGCGAACUCUGAUCAAUUCGCCAUCGAAGUUUGUUCAAGCAAACUCAAACACAAUUUCUGGUUCUCUCCGGCCGGCGAAAUCUUGAAACGGGUCGGGUCUAGUUUCCUCACAGCUCCACAAAAGUGUAAACUUUAUCUCUCACAAUCCACUUUAUUGAUUUCGCAGCCCUUUUAAUAUUCACAUUGGAUCUGGUUAAAUCAUUAGCCUUUCACUCUUUAAUUCCUAAAUUUUAUUAUUUUUACUUAAUUGGGUGUGUUUUAUUGGCCUUUAAUUGAAGAAUUUUGUGAGGCUUUGAAUUAUUAAAAUUGGGUUAAUUUUGAUAGUAAGUGUUUGAUUAGUUAGAGGAGAAGUGAGUCAUGUUCUAUGGUACAGUGGUAUGGGAUCCAUGGCUAAUUGUUGCCCAGAUUGUUGGUAUACAGUGUUUGUACUAUCUUACUCUUGGAGGUUUUUUGACAGUAUCUGUUGGGACUAGGGUGUCUCGAAUGAGUUUAGUGUAUUUCUUUGAUUACGCGACUGUUACUGCUUCUACGGGGACUGGUUGGUGUGUUAUUGCUUCGAUUUUGCUUUCGGCUGUCGGAGGCGCUGUUUAUUUGCUGUACUUGAUUGAGAGGGCAAAAAAGUGCUUAGAUUUUUCAGCCACUGUGUAUAUUAUCCAUCUCUUCAUAUGCAUUGCAUAUGGCGGCUGGCCUUCAUCAAUAACAUGGUGGGUUGUGAAUGGUACUGGACUUGCGGUCAUGGCUUUGUUAGGAGAGUAUUUAUGUAUUAAACGUGAACUGCGAGAAAUUCCCAUCACAAGAUUCCGUUCAAAUGUUUAAGGAGACCUGAACAGGCAAGCAAAGAUCAACUUGGGGCCAAGUGACAGUCCUCUUCACUUUGGAGAAGUUGCGGAUGAAAUCAUCGCAAGAUGCCAGAAUUCAUAAAAGUGGUCAUUAUCUCCCUUUUUUGUGCCAAGAGAAAUUGUGAAAUGUGAAGUUCCUAAAGAAGAUGAUUAUAGUUACAAAUUCUUUUAUUUCUAUUUGGAAACAUUUUUAACAAUGUGUGUGAUAUGGAGGUGCCCUCGCAAAGUUCUGUAUCUAGUUCUUUCUGCAGGCUCUGGCAAGAAAUAUAUUUCUUCUUUGUAAGCGAAAGCUCUAAUUGUUGUAGAUGCAUCUGCAUGAUCAAAUACUUCCGAAAACCCUUGAUCAUAUUUACAAGUUUACUAACUUGAUCUAAA